GUAAAAAUAGGACGAUUAUGUCUUCUUCAGGACUAAGUACACUACAUCUAAAUCUGGAUCUACAAAUAAGUAACGUGAAAUUACCUGCGAAUGUCGUUCCGUAAAAAUAUGAACCCAAUCCAGUUAGCAUAAAUUAUUUUUUCCAAGAAAACAUUAGGGGUAAACAAUUAGUAGGGAUAAACGCGAUCCACAAGGUAAAUACCUGUAAGGUAAAAAAUACCUGUAAGGUAAAUACCUGUAAACAUAAAUAUCAAUGUUUCUAGGAUAAUUUAACGUUAUAAACAAGCGAGUCGAGUCCCUUGCCUUCAGUCGCAUUUGAAAUUCCUUCUUGUGCACAUCAUUUUGUCCACAUCAAAAAACUUAAAGAAAUAGACUUUGUGAGAGUAACAAAGGGAGAGUGAAAAAGAAAGAAAGAGCGGUUCUAUUGUUGGAGCUAAAAAUUAGUAAAUCAGUCGUCGAUCAGUCCCACUCGAAGCCGCAAGAUGCUUAAGAAGCUUAGCAUAUUUUUCAUGUUGCUUAUUUUCGAAGUCAAUGCUCAAUGUGUUAUUGAACGAGAAUAUUUGAGAAGCAGCAAUCGCGUAUUUACCAUAAAAACUGGCAAUGAUUUUAAGAUGCUGCGGACUAACGUAGUGCCUGUUGGAACCACAUUGAGAAUCUUUUGUUCUCCCAACAAUUUCGUGGACACCACUUGCACUCGCUCACAAGCAUCCAGUACAAUGAUGCAGGCCAACAAAAAGCAAAAGGCUAAUAAUGGUCAAGCUACAGUGUUUUAUCCAGCCUUACAGAGACAAAGUUGCGAUGGGGCCUCAAACGCUGAAUGUGAUCCCGAAGCUGAUGAAUUUGAUACUGAAUUGCCGAAUGUGAAGACAAAAAAGAUAUUCAGAUCGAGUCAUAAGGAAAUCAAAGAUGAUUCUUGCCCUGCACCAGCAAAAAUGUUUCUUGUUGGAUUCAAGUUGAAUGAAGAUCAAUUUCUUGAGGUAUACAGAACCUGCUAUGACCAAAGUUCUCAGACAGCGUUAUUUUCAAUUCAUGAAAUUGAACCGAAGAGCGAAAUUGCACCUCGUACGGGGGAUUGGGCUAAAACAAACGUUGUAAUUACUAAGAGAGUGUGGAAGCCCGAGGAAAUAUAUUUAACAUUUAAAAGUCUUUUGGGUAACGAUCAGUCAUACGUACAAGAUCCUAAAACGAUAAUAAAAGGAAUUAAAUACGUAUUUGCACGUGGCCAUUUGGCGCCAUCAGCUGACUUCGUUUUCUGUAGUGAAAAGAGAGCCUCCUUCAAGCUUUUUAAUGCAGUUCCACAAUAUGCCACAGUUAAUGGUGGCAAUUGGCUUCAUUCUGUUGAAAAAUGGGUACGCGAGAGUACACUAUUGUAUGGAAAACUUAAGGUUUGCACUGGGGGACUUGGAGUUUUGCAACUUGAGCACAGUGUUACGUCUACUAUGACUGACAUUUAUCUGGGUACAAAUGAACGUACUCCAAUACCUAAAUGGACUUACAAGAUUAUUAAAUCGUACACGCAUCCGAAAUUCCAUUUUGCUGUCGUCACCUUAAACAGUGUUUCAGAUGUGACAGUCACAUCGCCAUGUCCCUAUAGGCCACCAAGGUUUUGUCGUGGCCUGAAAAUCGAUAAUACUGUUCUAGAGUCUGGACAAACUUUCUGCUGCAGGGCCACAGAUUUUAUUGAGGAACAUGUUUCACAUUUGAGGGGAGUUUGCUAAACUUCAAAUACUUUAUAACCAGAAAUUUGUCCACUAAAAGUUAUACAGCAAAUUUUAAUGUAAAUGUAAUAAU